CUCAUUCAUUCAUUCAACCCAUUCCCAUAAAAUUUGUUGGAAUAAUAAGGAAACUAAAAAUCACAAGUUUAAGAUAGAAGAAGCUAUACAACUAGUAUUAUUCUGCAAUGGGAAAAAAUAACACUGCUGGGGCUACAAUCAAUGGAUCAUAUGAGGAAUUUGAACCUUGCUGCAGAUGGAUUAGAGAAGAAAAACAUGUCACUGUUGAGAUUGAUUUGAAGGGUUUCAAAAAGGAGCAACUUAAGGUUCAAACCAACAACAAAGGGUUGCUAACUAUUUUUGGAGAAAGGCCUCUAGAUUCAUCCAACAACAAAUGGAGCCGUUUUCACAAAGAAAUUAGGCUUCCAAAAGACACGAAUGUGAAUGAAAUCAGUGCAAAGUUAUCUCAUGGAGUGCUCUCUAUUGUGAUGCCAAAGAAAGUUGAAGAGCAUUACUCCUCCUCCAUUGGUGAAUUGAAAACAAGGAAGAGGACAGCAAUUAAGGUUGUAAUUGGAGUAGUGGCUGUGGUGGUCACAUUGGUUACACUUGGAACUUUCGUAACAAGAAUUAUGAAUACUCAUUAUCCUCGUGGUGGUGCUGCCAAGGUUGAUACUUGAUAAUGUUGCAAAUGUUUAAUAAUUUGAAUGAAAUUGGUUAAGUAUGAUGAGUCUUUGUUCUGAA